AUGGCCUUUGCAAGCUUACGAACUCAAAUCCAAGACCUCUGGCAAGCUUGCGGCUAUGGCUGGCCUCCUUCUAAUCUGGAGUUUUUGGGGGUCGGCCUUCUCAUGACCCACAGAAACCGUACUGAACUCCAGCCCAAAAUUCCUGAGUUCCCCUCCUCUCAUUUACCAAGAGCUUAUAAUGUUCUAAAAUAUAAUAAGAAAUAUAAAGAUAGUACACUCUAUUCCCAUUACAAAAGCAGAGUGGAGUUCAAUGAGGAAACCUACAGUCUGACACUGAAGAACUUACAGAAGAAUGAUAGUGGACUGUAUGAAGCAAAAGCAUCUGGUAAUAAAGUCAGAGUUGUUGCUGAGUACAGACUCUCUGUGUUGGAUCCAGUGGAGGCUCCAGUCCUGACUCACCAGCUAAGCAGAGACACCUGCAACAUCACUCUCACCUGUAGAGGUCAUAACCUCUCUAUCAACUCCAGCUGUUACAAGGAAACCUGUGAGGAGAAGGAAGUGACAUCACCUGGAGGUGUCCCCCUUUCCCUGUCUGUCAGUGGCAGCACCAUCAUCUGUAACCAUAGCAACCCAGUCAGCUGGAAGACGAAUGUUUUGGAGAUGAGAGAACUUAAACGACUCUGUGCUGAUGAAGGUUCAGUGUCUCCUUCUGCUGGUGUAUCUGUGUGUUUUCUGAAGACUGUGCUGUAUUCCAUCACUCUGACUCUCAUGCUGUCUGCAGUCAUCAUUGUCCACAUCAGAGAAAGACUGACCAAAUCAUAUUAA